GGUAUCGCCCUUUCCCUUAGAUGCACUGGGCUAUUACCAACAGGAACGUGAAAUGUAACCAGUAAGUUAAUUAAUCUGUGAAUUGUCUUCUCUAGUUCUCAAGCUCAACUACUUUGCCCUUGUAAAAUGUUUCCUUCAAGUUAGUGGAGUUGCGAUGACCUCCAUCUUUGCCCCUAAUUAUUCCAAUUUAUGUGGGCAAUUUUGAGCCAAAGUUUAUCGAGGAUGAGACCAGGAACCCUUCUCCAAGAUCCUCAAAUGGUUCAGACCAAGUUAACCAGAAAGUGAAAGACAACAUCCCUUCAAUUGCAUCAGCCAUCAUAAGAUCCAUCAUGGAGGUGUCUCACACCGUGGAAACAGAGGAGCUGAUGACAUACCUCCAGAUCCAGCUCUACCACCCGCAGCAAGCUUCCAGGGCUCUGUACCGCAUGUUGCCUUUGGAAACCAGACACAAGCUCCAGGCCGAGGACCCAGUGAGGCUGGGCCGGGAUGCUCAGGCCUGCACCUUCGUGCUGGCCGACCCCCGUGUCUCCCGCAAGCAGCUGUCCUUGCAGGCCUACCGCACCUCCAACAGCCCGGACAUGCUAUUUUCUGUGCAGAACCUCAGCCAGAAGGGACGUGUGACUGUCAAUGGGUUUGAGCUGGGGUUCCUGGAGAGGGCAGAGCUGCCGGGUAAGGCCCUGAUACGGUUCGGGGAAUACGAGAUGCUGAUACGCCGUGAGAAUGGAGAGGCGAAGGGGAGCUUUGAGGUGGAGUUUGGGGUGCUGGCAGUACCCCCUUCCAGAGAGAUGGGCAUGGUCGUGCCAAAUAUGGUGCCCGUCAUGGACACGGGCUCAGACCUUUCAACCAAUGGCAUCCCACCACUCAUGAGCCAAGGGCCAAUGGAGAUGGAUGAGACAAUCAUGUACCAAUCAGGCAGGGCGCUUCUUCCAUAAAAUAGUUUUACUACAAUGGCAGCCAUAUUGUUUUGGUUAUAUUGUAUUAUUUUCUCUUCAACUAGAAGCAGUUUUCUUGAAAAAUGCAGAUGUUAAACAUUCUGAAAUCUUAAAUCAAAAUGUUGACUAUGUGGUGCCAAGCUAUCAGUACCUCAAAUGUUUUUUUAUAUUCUACCUUAUAACCCACUCCUCAAGUAUUAUUCACUGUUACGUUAUUUUAUCAAAUGUGAAACUAAAGCUUGUGAAUAUUACCCUUUUUCAUGAUACCCAAAUAAGAGCAAGUAUCAGAAUUCAAUGAAGGAUGGAGUUAGGAAGGAUACUGUUUUGUAAAUGUUGAUUAUAGUAGUAAAACUGUUUUAUUUGAUUAUCGUGUUACACAUCAUAUUAAAGGCUUUGGCAAGUACAAGUAACUAAAAUUUAACCUGCGAGGAACCAAGGCACAUUCUGAAAAACUGGCUAUAUCUGUAUAUGUUUUAUUCGAUCUGCAUGUGAGAUGAGACAUGACCUCAAUUUGCUCACCUUGACCCCAUCUGCCUCAACUCUAUCCGAAUGAGCUGUGUAGAGCAAAUGAUGGUCAAACCAGAUACUGACUGGUUUUCUGAUUCAUGUCCCUACUUUUUUUUUUUGGUACAGUAUCCUUGACUAACAGAUGCAUUUCUGUAUUCCCAGUCAUGUGAAAUCAAUAGAUUAUGACCUAAUUAAUUUAUUUCAAUUGACUCUUUUCUUUAUAUGAACUGUAACUCAUUAAAAUCUUUGAAAAUGUU